AUGUGGUACUUCAUGCUCAUCGGCUUGGUAGCCUAUUCAGGUAACGUUACUCUUCCCAGUAGUUUUAUGCACCGUGAUUUUGUACACUUACUCAGCGUUACAAGUUGGUUUCAUUUCUGUUUCUCUGAGAUCCCGAACAUUUUAGUUACAGCGUCUCAGGCUGGCCUACGCCCACAGAUCGGUAGCGUUUGUUUUCCUGAUAUGAGCUGCUUCUGUCCUUGUUGACACAGUUCAAUCCCACAUCCUUGAUCUCUUAUGGUCAUGAAGCUCAUCUUUAAUUCCUAGUUAGGUGGAGCGACCAUCAGGGGAAAGAUUUAUGGUCGACAAAAUCAACUUUGUUUCUCUGUCCAGUGUUAUUGAAACUACUUAGAUAGCUUAUCAACAACUAGAAAAGGGGGUUCAUAAAUACUGCUGGUGCAAAUGUAAUAGUUAAAAUGAUAGAUUGCACUCGAUGUUUGUUGUCUGUAAGGUUACUUAAAUUACAAGCUGGGACAGUUUGGUGCAUGAGUCAUACUUAUGCAGGUUGUAAUACACACCCUUGUAGGAGAGAGUGGGGUUAAGUUGAGCCACCCCCCUGUUGCUUGGAAAUGGUCAAAGAAAUUGAUCAUGUGACAAAAUAUUUAGGAGUUGGGCAUCAACUCAUGGAGCCUGUGGAGGUUAGAGGCACAUGGGUGAAGGGGUUAGACAUUUAUUUACAAAAAAAAAAAAAAACUUUUUUACUCUUGAAAGUGAAUGUAGUCUGUCAUAAGUUUUAUUAGAAUUGUGUUCAGACCAAAAAAGACCAUUUUAUAUUUGUUUUAUACAUCAAUUGUGGUAUCUAUGAGCUACAACAUGAGGUCAAAAACCUAGUAUAAAAGUCCACCAUUUUAGCUUAGAGGACUAAUACAUUCAUAAUAGUAGUUCUGGGGUAAGUGACUCAAAUGAGAAAGUAAAUAAGUCUGAUGAGAGGAUCAGAGUUUCAGUUCAGAUUGUUAAAUUGUUUUACUUUUUCUUUUCAAAACUACAGCUGUGAAUGUUCUGAUCAUUUAAGGGCAUUCUCAUGUUAAAUUGUCUUUGUACAAAACUGCUUUUUAGCAGUUAUACGAAUAAUAAAAGAAUUAUUGUACCAGUUGAAUCGGAUAUAAUAGAUACAAAUACACAUGAAUAUGAAGAAAUGACUGUUAUUUAGGGAGGGAGGGCGUGAGGGAGGGCUGGGGUGGAGGGUUGAGGGGUUGUAGGAAUCUGGCUCAACUAACCCCAUACACGGGGUAAGUUGACCAUAGGAGACCACUUUUUUGGCAUGCUAUAUUAUCAAGACAGUUAUGUUUACACUCAUUCUGUUGGUUUGCAGGGAUGCACAACCUCCUGAAAUAUUUGCAGAUACACUAGUUAGAGAUAAAACUAUGAUUGCCUUGAUGUAGUGAUCCGAAAUAUGAAAAAUGUCUCAUCUUACCUCACUCUCCCCUACUUGUAGGUCAACCUGUGAGUUCCUACUGUCCAAUUCAGAUGACUCCCCCUACAGCCGUCGUGGAAUUUGGAAAACCUUUCUCAGCCAACUGCAGCUCGUUAUCCAACCAGAUGGAGAAAAUGGGCUGGGAGACAACACUAGGAACCACCUCAAAUAAAGACAAUUAUGUUAGCUUACAGAUUAAUUCUGUCACAGAAUGGGACUUUGCCCCCCAAUGCUAUAUAAAUAUGCAUGAUGGUGAGCAGUGCUCUGAAGACUAUCCUAUCACUGUCUACAGUAAGUACAUAUUUACUUAAUCUAAAAGGCACUUUUUUACUAUUAAAUGCUCAUCAUGUUUGAAUGUUUAUGGUGAUUUUUUAACACUUUUAUCUCUUUAUUACAGAACUUCCAGACCAAAUCUUGAUUUCUCAGAGUUCAUCAGGCCCUAUGAGAUCAGGCCAGACGUACCGUAUACAGUGUGACCUUGUUAAUGUUGCACCAGUACGGAACCUCUCUGUGAACUGGUACCUGGGUGAUAAAUUAGUGUCUACUGAAACAUUUGACAAGUCAGAUCCAAAUCCAAAAUCAGUCAGCAAGUCAUCUUUCCUAGAUCUGAAAGUCCAAAGUAAUGACAAUGGAGCUUUGCUUCAGUGUGAGGCAGAGCUGAACUUUGGAUCUGUGGUACUUCCUUCAACAUUCAAAGAUCGAUAUGAACUUGUUGUACUGUGUAAGUUUUUGAUGCUGUCUUUAUUCAGCAAUCAGUCAUUGGAUAUUAUGCAAAAUGCUGGUUGUUGUUAACCAUUUUUUCAUUGUAUCUGAAUAUUCUCUCCUGUUUUCAUUGUCUGCCUGUCUGUCUGUCUGUCUUUAUAUUUUACAUAAACCCUCAGACCCGCCCACUUUCUCAGAUCCUGCAAACGAGACACUUGAAAUUCCAAUUGGUGAUGAGAUGAUUUUAAAUUGCACUGCAGCAGGAAACCCUUCACCGAAGUACAGCUGGCAAUUCCCACAACAGGCAAACAAUCAGCAAAAAGGGGAUCAACAUGUUUUCAGUUCAUCCUUCCAGCAUCCAGGGACCUAUACAUGCACCGCUUCUAAUAGCGAGGGCUCCUCAAAGAAAUUCUUCACUGUAACAGAAGCUCAAGGUAAGAUCACUCAAGUCGUUUCUUUUUUUGUCAUUUUCUCUUCAACUGUGUAAAUCAUCCUGUGAUCUAUCAUGCUGUCGUUUUCCAUCAGGUAGUCAACCUGGGACCACUGCUGGGAUUUUACUGGCUGUGUUCUUUGUUUUAAUCAUCAUUUUGGGAUGUGUCGUUUAUCACAAGCAGAGAAACUCUUCUGUUGCAAGACCAGGACAGAUGAGCUAGGAGAGAAUCUAACAAAAACUCCCUCCCUCCCACAGGGGACCGCACAACUUUUGGAGUCUUGAUUGGAGGAGGUGUGCUCCUUGGAUGUCUCCUCGGUGCUGCCGGUCUUUAUUUCGUGAAACCUGAUGGCUCAUUUGCUCUCAGUUAA